CUUAAAGAAAAAAUUGACACUCCUAGACCCGUUUAAAACUCAUGUGUACGGUAAGUUGGCUCGUUCCAUAGAGGUAAAAGAAAAAAAUUGACACUCCCUAUUCUGCCCUUCCUACAAACGCUCCUAGAGCAGGGAAUUUGAAAUGGGGGAAUAGUUUUUUUUCCUCUCUGCGAUUAUAUGUUUUUAAUUUAAAAAAAUAUAGCAAAUGUACUUAGUGUGAUUGGUUAUGAUCUUUGCUUUUCUUUAAAGUGGUCAUGGUUCGAAUCCUAGUAAGUGUCUUUUUAAUGAAUAAAAAAAAGUAAUUGUGAAGACCAAAAUGUCUUUCCUACUUUCACUCUGGAUGCAAAUGGGGCUUCAAGUUUUCUCAUUUGUCUUUUAUUUAUUGGGUAGAUUCUAGAUGCAAAUCCACGGUUAUCCAAUUGAUCCAAUUGAGUCGAACGCGGUCGUUUGAAAGGACGGAGAGAGUUCACAGGAUAAAAUGCCAAAACCCCGAAGGACCUUUCUCCCUAUUCCGUCCCCUACCAAAACUCCUCGCGAGUUCCAUUUUCGGCCGCCGGCCGCAUCUUCUUCAGUUCCACCGUCCGGCCGCAUCUUCUUCAGUUCCGCCGUCCGGCCUUCUCUUCUUGAAAGGAUAUCGUAGACGCUGGCUUAAACCACUUUUAUAAUCCAUAGGACCCGGCAUCAGCACGCCGUUAAAGGUACACCUCAAAUUCUUGAGUUUCCGAGUCAAGGGAUGAUGUAGUUUUCAAUGCACGUCCUAUUCCUGUCAGUUCAUCGUCUUAAUCGAUUGUAACUCUCGGUUUGUUAAUUUCCUCGUGUUCGAAAGAACAAAUUGCGGUCAGGUUUUUAGAGUCUAGGGUUUUGUUUCCCAUUGUGCAAAACCUGCUGCUUUAAGUUGGCGACGGGCUUAUUCAAUGGGGGUUAUUAUGCAAAGCACUGCGGGUACUUUUGAAUGACUUAUGGGUUCGCUAGCUUGUAUCAGUUGUGCAGUAUUUACAUUCUUAAAAAGCAAAUGGAUAGUUGCGGAAUCACAGUGUUUAGUUGAAGUGCUUAUUUAGUGAAAAGAUAGUAUCUUGUCUUAAAUAUGAAGUCUAGCUCAGAGUCACAGAGGCAGUGCUUUUCAUUAUCUGGGAGAAGCUAGUUUAUGCAUAGGGUUAGAGUGAAUUGGAAUUCCCUCAAUGGUGGGUGUCAUGACUCAUGAAUGGUUCUUAUUGCGUGGAACCUUCAACUCUUCGCUGUCCUCUUUCCUCUAUUUUGUGUUUACGUUCUAAUUUGUAAAGUCCCUUUCUUUAAGAACAUAUACCUCUCCGUCGUAUACUACGUGAAGAGUUGUAAGAAGAAGUAUUAUCCUUUUUAGGACCAUCAUUGGUGCUUUGGAUAAUGAACUAAUCAAAUAUGGGUUUGCAUUUUGUGUAUAAACCAUGCUAGUUCAGUUCUGAUUUCAUGCUUUCAUUGCAUAAGGACUCUCUUUGUUUGUAAAUAGUUCCGAAGAAAUGAUGCUAAUAAUUUUUCACUUGUUCCAGAAGUCUAAAAUUGAAGUUUUCAUGUUUACCAUAUAAUAGGUUCACAUGAGAACGUCUAAACUAGAUUCAGAUAUGGAGGAUGUGGAGCCAAUGGAAGGUGAAGUUAAUGGGGAAUUUACUGAUUCCGAUUCCGACUCAGAGGAGGAAGAUGUACGAAAAUCGGCUAUUCCCUCUAAGGAUGCAGUCUACGAUCGAGAUGCUAUCAACGAUAAGCUUCGAGAAAUCAGCUGGCCAGAGAACUUAGGUUGGAUACACAAACUCUCCCUUGACAUCAAUCAGGAGCAAGACGUAGAUGUAAACGAUGACCUUGCACGUGAGAUGGCAUUCUUCGCACAGGCAUCGGAAGGGUCAAGGAGGGGGUUUGAAAAGAACGAAACAAUGGGCAUUCCCUUUCUGAGGCCUCUGGACUAUUAUGGCGAGAUGGUGAAGUCGGAUACCCACAUGCUGAAAGUGAAGAGCCGACUCCUGGCUGACAAGAGGAACAUGGAGGAAUCAGAGGAGAGAAGGAAAGCUAGGGAUUCGAAGAGGCAAGCUAAAGAGGUUCAAGCUCAGAAGCAGAAGGAGAGAGCAGCACUGAAGAAGUCGGAGAUUGAGGCUGUUAAGAAGUGGAGGAAGCAGAGGCAGCAAAAUGGGUUUCCUGCUGCUGGUGGGAAGAAGAAUGGUGAUGAGAUUGGUUUGGAGUUUGGAGAUGGUGGGAAGCCGUUUGCCAAGUCCAACUGGCAAAGACCAGGUGUAUCCCCAGGAGACAGGUCCGGGGGACAGGGUAGAAUGAAAUCGCGGAAUGGCGCUGGUAAACCAGUGAAGAAAAUAGUGAAGAGGGUCCGAAAGGACUCGAAGUUUGGGUAUGGUGGAAGGAAAGGCUUGAAGAAGCAGAACACUGCUGAUACCACUGAUGAUUUCAGGGGUUUCAGGAAAGCAGGUGGUGAUGCCGGGACUAAGAGGAGAAGGAAGCAAUGAUAUUGGAGAAACUAAGCUAUGACAAAAACUCUCUGUUAUUGCUAUGUUCAAUAGGCUUGUCUGUCCUAGAAUUGUACUGAAAUUUUGUGGUUAUCUUUAUGAUUCAGUUUCUUCUUUUGCUUAAUGAAUGAUGUUGAUGUUAUUGCCUUUCUGGUUCUAUGAUUUUGUCUCCCGGGUGCUCAUUUUUGGCAUUGUUGGUGGCCAGAUCUCUUCUGUUCUGAACUGUAGACAGCACAAAGCCUGGAGUUUUGCAGCUGCAAUGUGUUGUUCUAUCAACUACUUCUCUUUGGAUGUAUGUUCUCUUAUCCUGGGAUCAUUUCCCCUGCUAUGAAAAGGAAUAAAACAAAGGGUGAAAAAUUGCAGGAAGUCAACAAGAAUAAUGGAUCAGGAAGUUCUUUCCUCAGCACUAAUGAUUGCCACAAGGUACAUCGAAUGAUUAAUGUGCUGCGGCCUGACGGACGUGGGUAUAUUAUGCAGGUAUUACUCUCUUAAUACAGCUUGCUAGGGAAGUGGCAAUUGACUUCUUUUUUCAUUUUUAGUUCUCUACCAUGACCUAAUUUCUUGUUGAAUUGAUCUCUAUUAUUGUCUUGGAUUGUUCUCUAUGACCCUUGAACGGACUAAGAAGAUCAAACCUUUUUCACACCCUGUUUGAGUUUUUGUUGCAGUAAUCUCUAAUUUUUAUAGCAAAAAGUCAUCAGAACUCAGACCAUUUAAUCACUAAACUACACUACCGUCAUCAUAUCAUUGAACUACAAGUUCGUCGGUUUAAUCUGCCUCAAAAUUUUGCUGCAUCGAUCAUAUCCGGCAAUAAUAAUAGCAGGUUAGAAGAAUCUAUGACAGUUCUUGUUGUUUGGUACAAUGAAUCAUCCUCUACACAUUUGUUUUAAUAAUUGCUGACUCAUUUGUGUUUGAUUAUUAGAAAAUUAUAAAACCAGAGACCCCCCAAGCCCACAGUUGUCAAGAGACACAUCAUCAGUUUGAUCAUAAUCUAAGCACCGAGUAAAGAUCCAAUUUUUCU